AUUUGGAUGAAACGAUCACAUGGCCAGAUCUGUCUCACUACACUCAGCAAUCGUAUAUUUGCUCUGUUUUUCACCUCCUCACUGCAAAAGUAAAAUGUGUCUCUGACUCUCUCGUCCUUGGAUCUCAAAGUCCAACUGUAACUAAUUGACAACCACGUUUUUCAUUUUAUAGUUCUGAAGAAUUUCGGGGUUCACAGUUCACACCCCCGGCAAAGUUCCGUUCUUUCUUCUUCUUCUUCUUCUUUUCAUCCUGUAUUUCCAGCUGUAUGAAAAUCUUUUCCCGUCAAUAAAUGCAUCGAAUUUUCGUUCUGUCUGUCACUUUCGGAUCUGACACCCUCUACUCGGAUCUUAAUCACCCGUUCCCUACUCAAUCUCACAAUCCAAGAAUCUACUAAUGCUUUGUUUCACACUGUUUUCUCAUUAGCCUCACGCAAAAGCAAGAAUUUUUGUAGAAUGAAGAACAACCACAUGAUCAAAGUAGUUCUUGGACUAACUUCAACAACUUUGUUGGUGAUUCUCGUACUUUUCGUCUUCUUUUACCGCAAAAGAACGGCAGAAAAUGGUCGUGAAGACAUAGAAAACAUGGAUCAGAAACAGGGAGUUGAGGCACAGACGGAGGACUUGAUAAAAUUCCAUGGCGGACAGGACCUAACGAUAAGUGACAUACUGGAUGCUCCGGGGGAGGUGAUAGGAAAAUCCAACUUUGGCACGCUGUACAAGGCCUUAAUGCAGCAGAAUAGUACGUUGAGGCUGCUGAGGUUUCUGAGGCCAGUGUGCAGUGCAAGAGGUAUGGAAUUUGACGAUGUGAUUCAGCUUCUGGGGUGCGUAAGGCAUCCCAACUUGGUGCCUCUUCUGGGAUUCUACGCAGGGCCGAGGGGAGAGAAGCUUCUUGUUCACCCCUUUUACAGGCGCGGCAAUUUGGCAGAAUUCAUUCGAGAUGGAAAUGGUGAAUCUCAAACAUGGGCCAUUAUUUAUAGCAUCUCAUUUGGAAUAUCCAAGGGAUUGGAACAUCUCCAUACAGGAUUUCAGAAGCCCAUAAUCCAUGGAAACCUCAAGUCAAAAAACGUACUUUUGGAUCGCAAUUACCAUCCUUACAUCUCUGACUUCGGCCUUCAUCUUCUGUUGAAUGCUACUGCUAGCCAAGAAAUGCUUGAAGCUUCAGCAGCUGAGGGUUACAAGGCUCCAGAGCUGAUCAAAAUGAAAGAUGCGAGCGAAGAGACUGAUAUAUACAGCCUUGGGGUGAUCUUACUUGAACUAAUUUCAGGGAGGGAGCCUAUCAAUGAGAACCCAACUCCUGAUGAGGAUUUUUAUCUGCCCAACUUCAUGAGGAAUGCUGUCCUUGGACAUAGGAUUGGAGACUUAUUUCGUCCUGAAAUACUUCUCAGCAGCGACAAUGGGGAUCGAAGCCGGGUUGCUGAAGAACGCAUUCUCAAACUCUUUCAGCUUGCUAUGGCUUGUUGUUCUCCUUCUCCUUCUCUCCGGCCCAAUAUUAAGCAAGUUCUCUGGAAGCUUGAAGAUAUUGGAAAAUAAGAAGUUAGCUGUUUAGCAGAGAAUCAAACUAGGUACCCCUGGUAGGUCAAUGCAAAGGUUGAUUUUGGGAUGCAUGUUGAGAUGUCAAUUUCUCCAAAAUCAACGUGAUUGAUAAUGAUGACAGCAUUGAUGUAUAUAGGAAAAACAUAAACCAGUACACACUUUGAAAGCAAAAUAGUUGAAAAUUUUGGCCAUCCAACAAGGAUCAUAGAAUCGAUGAUUAUGCUCAUUAGAUUUCAAUCUUAGGUAAUGCUUCUCUUAGAAGCGGGGGGUAAUUUUGCAGUUCUAUGUAUGGUGUCUCUCUCUUUGUUUAGUAGCCCAUUUCAAGACGGUGUCAGACUCGACAUUGCUUUAUCAUGGUUUUCU